AUGUCAGCCUCUAAAGUUUGCGCAGUGUUCGGCUACGGUCCGGGCUUGGGAGCCGCCGUGGCUCGAAAGUGGUCCAAAGAGGGUUUCCAGGUGGCCAUUAUGUCGCGCAGUCUCGAUAAAGUCAAGGCGGCCGCAUCGGAGAUUGCCAACUGCAAGGGCUAUGCCUGUGACGUAACCAAAGAAGACGAUAUCAAGGCUACGGUGACGUCGAUUGAAAAAGAGUUGGGUCCCAUUGAGUGCAUGAUCUACAAUGCUGGCAAUGGUGUGUUCAAAAAUUGGGAUCAAAUUCCCUUGGAUACUUUUACGCAAGGAUUUCAAACCAAUGUCGCUGGUCUCUUGGCGGCCACACAACAAAUUGCUCCCAAAAUGCUCGAACGUGGCAACGGUGGGUCCAUUCUCGUUACAGGAGCCACCGCGUCCUUGCGAGGAAAACCAAUCACGACUGGAUUUGCUCCUCACAAGGGAGCCCAGCGCCUCUUGGCACAAUCCUUGGCCCGUGACUUGGGGCCCAAGGGCAUUCAUGUCGGAUUGUUCAUUAUUGACGGCGGCGUCGGAACGGUCGAUGGCGACGAUACCAAGUUGAAUCCGGAUGCCGUGGCGGAUACAUACUGGCAUGUCUCCAACCAACCCAAGAGUUGCUGGAGUUUUGAAACGGAGGUUCGGCCCUCGGUGGAGACGUGGUAA